CUCUUCAAGAUUAUGACAUGAAACCUUUACUUUCCGUUCCGGGAAACAAUUCCAACAUCUUUGAAGUCUGGGAAACAGACACAGCUGGGAAAUUUAAUGGUAUAUUUUUGGAUGAUAUCAUGAGAAACCCUGCUAUUGACUGGUGGAACGAGGGGAGACUUUAUCAUACGCCAGAAUAUGUGACAUUAUUUACAAUGAACAAGUAUGGACAACGACUCUUUUCAAUGGAUUUCUUUACCAAUGGGUCUAAAGCAGACUUAAAGAGCUGGAUGAAACCUAUCAAUAUACUAAGUAGUGAAUGGAUAAAUUCAGUCAAUGAUAUAUUUAUCGGACGGGAUAUUCUUACAAUUCAUAACGAGAUGCAUUCGGUCCUGUUCUUACACGGAGAUCUGCUGAAGUUUGGAUCAAGCUCAAGGGUCACUGUUUUCACUCCAAAUAAACAGCCACAGUCAGUCUUUACUUCUGUAUACUGGGGGAUUCGGAUAAUGGAGGACAUAGAUAAUAAGAACAUCUGCCGGACCGAAUGCACCGUGCAGACUGGUUUCAUCUUCAAAAACGAUGUACAGGUUACAAUAAUUAUUUCCUUAUUCUUAAUGAAGAUCUAUAAGGUUUAA